UGGAGAGUAGUUUCAGUUCCGGGCAGGGGAGUGCGCGGUGCGUGUGCGCGUGUGUGUGUGUGCGGGUGUGCGCGCGCGCGCGGAGAGGAGAAAGAGAGAGAGAGAGUUAGAGCAGAGGUGGAGGGAAAGCCUUUUGUUUCGGAGUGGAGAAAACUGGACCACGGAUGGAGCGAAAGAUCAAUUAGCGGCGCGCGCCAGGAAAUACGCAGAAGCAGCUUUCCAUGCCUCUCGCGUGCCUCUCCCGUCCUUGAUGGGCAACCAACUGGACCGGAUCACGCACCUGAGCUACAGCGAGCUGCCCACGGGGGAUCCGUCUGGCGUGGAGAAGGACGAGCUGCGCGUCGGCGUCGCCUACUUCUUCUCCGACGACGAGGAGGAGCUUGACGAACGCAGCCCGAGCGAGGAGGUCGCCGCGGAAACCCCGGACGAGCUCGAGUACUCGGCCUUCUGCUGCCACGAAUGCAUCUUCUCCAAGGCGCGCGCGCGCGGCGACGACCUGCGCGUGUACCCGGCGCGCACGCUGCUCGCCAUGUGCAAGCCGGGCGACGUGCUCGAGCUGGUGGCGAGCGCCCAGGCGCCGCACUGGGCCGUGUUCGAGGGCGACGACCAGGUAAUCCACCUGCACAAGGGCGAGAUCCGCAAGGACAGCCUGCUUGACGUGAGCGGCGGCCGCCGCGGACGCAUCGCCAACGACCGCUACCGCUUUCGCCCGCUGCCCCCCGACCUGGUGGUGCGCAACGCGAUCGGCCACCUCGGGCUGAGCCGCGCCGACGUGUGCUGGACCAGCUCGGAGAGCUUCGCCGCCUGGUGCCGCUUCGGCAAGCGCGAGUUCAAGGCCGGCGGCGAGGCGCACUCGGCCGGUCAGCGCUAUCUGCUCAAGGUGCACCUGUCCGAGAGCACCGUGCACACGCUCGUCUUCCGCAGCCUCGAGGAGCUCGUGCGCGAGCGGAGGCGCGUGGACGCCAGUGGAAUUCUCGAGGAGCUCUCUCUGCAGUGAGCGGAUUUUCUCUUUCUUUCUUUCUUUCUUUUUUUUUUUCGUGUUAUAUUUUUGUGGUCCUUUUUUCCCCCGCACAUCUUCUUGUUCAGCAUCUCGGGACUGCGCACAAGAGGAGGAGGAGGAGGAGGAGGAGAAACAGAGGGAUGCUCCCAAUCCUUCUUGGAAGACUUUUCGCAGGAAUGUGCGCUUUUGGAAGCUCAGUGUGUGUUUGUAAAGGCAAAGACAACGCCCUUUUUUUGGAUGUGGGGUGGUGGGAGAUGCUCAGGUCGUGUGGAUGCGGUUCCGCUCCGGACAACACGAACCUUCUUUCGUUCAGCACAGAAUAAGAAAUA